AUGGAUGCAUCAGACUUUAGAAAACGCGGGAAAGAAAUGGUGGAUUAUAUUGCAGAUUACAUGGAGACGAUAAGUAACAGAAGAGUUACUCCGGAUGUAGAACCUGGAUACCUCGCGGAGAAGCUCCCCAAAAGAGCUCCGAAAAAAGGAGAAGAAUUUAACGAUAUUAUGAUUGAUGUGGAUAAAUAUAUCAUACCAGGAAUCACACACUGGCAACAUCCACACUUUCACGCCUUUUUCCCAGCUGGCAAUUCUUUCCCAUCAAUUCUUGGAGAUAUGCUGUCGGAUGCGAUUGGGUGUGUUGGAUUUUCUUGGGCAGCAAGUCCAGCCUGUACAGAACUAGAAAUAGUUGUCUUAGAUUGGUUUGGUAAGAUGCUUGGCCUUCCUAACGAAUUUCUGCACGAAGGAGGAACAGGAGGAGGGGUCAUACAGGGUUCAGCCAGUGAAUGUGUUCUUGUAACACUGUUAGCAGCAAGACAUACCACACUUAAAGAUCUGAAGGGGAAAUUCCCAUUUGUAGAUGACGGUAUUUUACUUCCAAAGCUGGUAGCAUAUUCAUCAAAGCUUGCACACUCAUGUGUAGAAAAAGCUGGUAUGAUUGGUCUUGUCAAGAUGAGGCAGUUGGAUGUUGAUGAAAACUUCUCUUUGCGAGGCCAUGUUUUAGAACGUGCUAUCGAGGAGGAUCGUCGUUUGGGAUUGAUUCCGUUUUAUGUUUGUGCCACAUUGGGGACAACGGCUUGCUGUUCAUUCGACAACCUAAAGGAGCUCAGUGAAGUAUGCGCUAAAGAAAGCGUAUGGCUACACGUUGACGCUGCCUACGCUGGAAACGCCCUCAUAUGUGCAGAAAAUCAACACUAUAUACGUGGAAUUGAGAAUGCGACAUCGUUUAAUUGCAACCCGAACAAAUGGAUGCUUGUAAAUUUUGACUGUUCACUGAUGUGGGUUAGAAAUAAAGAGCUUCUGACGUCAUCAAUGGCUGUCGACCCGCUGUAUUUGCAGCAUAAACACGAUGAUAAAGCAGAGGAUUUCCGGCACUGGGGUAUACCAUUAAGCCGACGGUUCAGGUCAUUAAAGAUAUGGUUUGUUAUCAGAACAUAUGGUGUGGAAGGCUUACAGCAUUACAUAAGAAAGCAUAUACGUCUCGCUAAGCUCUUUGAAACAUACGUAAAGAAUGAUGCGAGAUUUGAAGUGAUGGGGAAGGUAACGAUGGGAUUGGUGUGCUUUAGACUAAAGGGACCAAACUCUCUGACCCAAAAGUUAUGCAGAAUGAUCAAUGAAAGUGCCCGGUUAUACACAGUUCCUGCUUUGAUUAAUGAAAACUACGUCAUUCGAUUCUGUGUAUGUGCACAAGAUGCAAUGGAGUCAGAUAUUGAAUAUGCUUGGCGAAUUAUUUCUCAAGAAGCCUCUGAACUGCUUGAUCAACGAGCGUCUAUCGAAUCUAACAUUGAAGCAGAGAAAAAUGACAGACCAGAAGAGGUAGAAAACAAUGGAGAAUUUGAUGACGUGUUUCCCGACUUCGAUGAUGAAAUAAUUUUUGAUCAGCAACGUAGCAAUCUUCAGAGAGCACGUAUCCGACGAAACUUGUUCAUGCGUAUGGUAUCAGAUCCUAAAUGCUACAAUCCUAAAGUUUUACGAGCACUGAAUACAGACAAACCACGCCAUAAAAGUGAAUCCGACGGGGAAAAGUAGAUAGAUAUAAUACUUUUCUGUAAAAGGAUGUAUUUUCCAAACGUAUAAU